AUGGCCCACCAAGCGCACUCCUACCACAUAGUAGACCCAAGCCCCUGACCCAUUUUCGGUGCAGCUGCCGCCCUACUCACAACCUCAGGAUUAAUCAUAUGAUUCCACCACAACUCCUCACAACUCCUAGGCCUAGGCCUACUCUCCAUAAUCUUAAUUAUAAUUCAAUGGUGACGGGAUAUCGUACGAGAAAGUACGUUCCAAGGUCACCAUACUCCUCCAGUUCAAAAAGGCCUACGAUACGGAAUAAUCCUAUUCAUCACAUCCGAAGCCUUUUUUUUCCUGGGCUUCUUCUGGGCAUUCUUCCACUCUAGCCUAGUUCCCACCCCAGAGCUAGGAGGACACUGACCCCCAACAGGCAUUCAACCCCUUAACCCACUAGAAGUUCCCCUGUUAAACACAGCCAUCCUACUAGCCUCAGGCGUCACCGUAACAUGAGCCCACCAUAGCAUCACAGAAGGAAACCGAAAACAAGCCAUCCACGCACUAACUCUAACAAUCUUACUAGGGUUCUACUUCACAGCACUUCAAGCAAUAGAAUACCACGAAGCACCAUUCUCAAUCGCUGACGGCGUAUAUGGCUCAACCUUCUUCGUUGCUACAGGAUUCCACGGACUCCACGUAAUCAUCGGAUCCUCCUUCCUAUCAGUCUGCCUCCUACGACUAAUCAAAUUCCACUUCACCUCAAACCACCACUUCGGAUUCGAAGCAGCAGCCUGAUACUGACACUUCGUAGACGUUAUCUGAUUAUUCCUCUAUAUAACCAUCUACUGAUGAGGGUCAU